GUGGUGCUGCCGCUGGCGUUGUGCGGAGGGAAAGGCCCGGGGCCGCGGCGAGCAGCGGGGGAAGAGAUUAUGUGAGCUGCUGCAUUAGCCUUCUAACGUCUGGCACGGAUACUCCUGGUAUGUCUGAAGGGCAGAUCUCUUGUAUGUUCUGAAUGUACCAGGUUGUCCUCAUGAGUACUCCUGUGGAGAAUGUCUAUGAUCUUUUUUGCCUGUGUGGUGCGGGUGAGGGAUGGACUUCCGCUCUCAGCCUCCACAGAUUUUCAUUUCAACCAGGACUUUCUGGAAUGCAGAAAGAGAUUGAAGGCGUUAUCCUCAAUUCUGGCACAGUAUCCGAGUCGAGGCACAGUAAAAGGACGUGACUUGAACAUACAUUUCUGUUCUUCUGGGGAUGUUGCCUGCAUGGCAAUCUGUUCCAGCACUUACUCAACCAUCAUGGCGUUUUGCUUCCUGGAGGAGCUUCAGUGGGAAUUUGCUGCUUCCUAUGAUAUAACAAGCAUUGGUUUAGCUUCCAGACCAUAUGCUUUUCUUGAAUUUGAUAACAUUAUUCAGAAAGUGAAAUGCCAUUUUAACGGUGCAAAGCGCUCUCAAAUGAAGGACAACUGGCAGAAGAUUGAGGAGGAGCUGAAGUUCCAGCCCCCAGUUCAACUGAAACUAGAGGAUAUGGAGCUGAUGAAUGGGAUGGCAAAUGGUGGGCAUGCAGGUGUUCAUGUGGAGGUUGUGCCUACUUACAGAAUGCAGCGUGUGACUCCCUUGGGCAUUCUGUCACUUGUUCUGAACAUCAUGUGUGGAGCUUUGAAUCUCAUUCGAGGAGUUCACCUAGCAGAGUAUUCAUUUCAGGAGGACCAUGAAGGAAUUGGAAAUGUGAUAGCUUUUUUUCUACCUUUUCUAGCCUGUGUUUUUCAGUGUUACCUGUACCUCUUCUAUAGCUCAGCAAGGAAGAUGAAGACAUUUGUACUCCUUUUCUCUGUUUGUUUAUGCAACAUUUACUUGUAUGGAUUACGGAACCUCUGGCAAAUAGUCUUUCACAUAGGAGUGGCAUCUCUUUCUUCUUAUCAGAUACUGACAAGACAGCUUAUGGAGAAACAGCCUGACUGUGGAGUAUGAAAAAAGCUUUGGGUUUGCUGUUCUAUUUUUACAACUCUUUUUUUUUUUGUUUGUUUGUUUUUAAUUAAACUGGACAAAAAUGCUUGGGGUACUUUUAAAGAUUUGUGACAAUGGUUACUGCAAGGAGGAUAUUUCAAAGCAACUUGAAGUAAAGUAGGCUACUGUAAUCUUGUCAAACACACAGUGAGGAAUGUAGCUGUAUUUAACAUGACAUGUGGUAGUUGUGCACGGUAGAUCUUGUCAGGUGCCAUCAGCUGAUGGAGGUUCUCCUUGCCGUCAGUAGGCUUUCACUCCUUGACUAAUAGCAUCUAAACAGCAUUUUGCCAUUUGUCUUACUGGCUUUUUAAUAGUUUGGCAGGUCUGUGUCUUGCCUUGCCAAUGCUUCUGAAAAUAUUAAACUUGUAUAAUGAAGUGCUGUUAAAGUGGUGGGUAACAUUUUUGUCUAUAGAAUUUGUUAAGCAUUAAGAUACUUGGUAAAUGUAAGUAAAGGAGUAGUUUGCCAUAAUCAGAUGAGUUCAAUAGCAGUGGAAAAAGUUAUUAGAAUGAGCUUGAGGGUAAUUUGUGUAGGUUUUGAAGGAAAGGAAAACACUGUGGGUCUUCUAAAAACCAUAAAGGCUAUAAAUAUCUCCUGGCUAAACAGCACAUUGUAGUUAAGAAUGUGCUCAUUGGUUAAUUGCAGAUAUGCUUGGGGCAGCAUAAAAUAAACCAAAGUGAAUAUAAAUGAUCUUUUCAGCUCAAGCGGUCUUUAUUUCCUUGGUUAAGGUCACUCUUAGUGUUAAGGGUAUUUCCAUGUUUGCUUGGUCUGUACAGAUAAUAAAUCUCCCAAGCAUACUUAUGAUAGGCUGACUCCUUCACCUUUUUAUUUAAAAAAAAAAAAAAAAGUAUAGCUGGUUGGUAGAAAGCCAUUACCAAUAAUGGAAAGCAAGAGCAGGUUCUCUUUGUUAUAUAAAACACCUUUAGUUAAUGGUGUUGAGUUCUUAGACUAUGAUGAAUUUAUGAGUUUGCACUUUUGAAUGCAAGAGCUGAAUAAUAUCUCCUGCACUGGAUAUUCUUGUAUGUGGUAUACUGGGGUUAAUAGGAAAAUUUUAGAACAUACAUGAAUAACACAGGCUCUCUGUUUAAAAAAUUGCAGCUGUCCUUGAAGGGUUGUAAACAUUCAAACUGAGAAGAUGUAGAGAACUCUUUGGUGUCUUACUGAGGCAGUAUGGUCCUAGAUUUCCUUUUAAUUUUUUUUUCUUAAAAUAUUUUCUGGUUGCCCCAUUUCUUCCACCAGAGAUGUCACCAAAGAUUUAUAUUCCUCUUGCAUAGUCUCUACCUCUAGUGGUUGCAAAGUGAUUAACAUGAUGCAAAGUUGUCUUCCUGAGUUUGCAGAAGCAUUUAACAAAAGUACUUUCUUAUAUCUUGGUGAACUUUCCUGCAGUCUCAUGAUGCAAAGAUGAGUAUCAGUGUACUGCUGCACCAGAAAACUGUGGUGCUGUACCUCAGUAUCACUUCUGUAAUGCAGCUGGACUGCAGCAACAAUAUCAAUAGGCAGAUCAUUACAACCUGAAUCGUUUUUAGGACAGCAAAAGAUUUGGUCCCAGAGCUUUUUUCAGUAGUAAAAUGUAGUUCCUUCUUUUCCAUCCCAUAUUACCCCAUUUACUGCAAGAGUAACAUAAUGAAAUCCUGUAAACUGUGAGGAUUUGUCUAGUAGGAAUGAUAGAGGAAUAUUUAAACCAGCCAUUUAACAGAACGACUAGAGCUGUGUGCCAAAAGGGAAUACUUUUCUGUUCUAAGGGAGUGGAUUAAAGUUAUUUGUUACCCUAGUUUUCUGCCAGAGUGUAAAUAGAGAAACAAAGCCAGAAUUCAACCAUUGUCCUUAAAACGCCCAGAUGAUCCUAGAAUUGUGAACGGCUUUCAUGCUAUUCAGUGUCAGUCUUACCUGAUAAGGUACCCUUAGAGACUGCAGGAACAAAGCCACAAGUUUGGAUUACAAGUUUAAAAAAAAAAAUCUGAAAAAAUAAAAGCCCCAGAAAGAUGCUAGUAGUAAUUUUAGCACUGUGUUAAGGGUACUGGAGCUGGUGACUUGUGUUUUCCAGGAGCAUAAGCUGGGUAUCAGCCCACUGGGUUACUGUGGGGAAUCAUCCUGUGGGAAAGGAUGAUGCAUUUUAUACUAUAGAUAGACAGAACUUCAUGAAAAGACCUUAGUGAUAUGACCCAACUCCCUGAUCCUACCUUUUUGGCCUCAGUCUGGCUGAAAUGUCCAGAAGAGCUUUUACUGUUCCUCUGAAGGCUUUGAUAGAGCUCGCCUGCUAUAGCUUAAGGCAGGCAGAGCAUUUUUAACUGGCUGUUGGGACAGCAAACCAUUGUCUGCUUUCUAUUCCUCAUCCUUGUAUUGAGCUGAUUAGAAGAGACUGUAAUGUUCUGAUACCUCCCCAGCAUCUGUUUGCUUUAUCAUAAAUCAAAUACAUCCUCAUGCCAGGUGACGUUAAGAACAGCUCUGCAAUAAGAGUGGUAGAACAAGGUGUUUAGGUAGCUUAUGUAUUUAACAUAGGAUAAAUUCAGUUUUGUUUAAUAUUUUCUUUUUCCUGAAAUUUAUUUAUGAUAAAAUCAGACAAAAGCAGUUGGUUCAGUUCUGUUUUCAUGUAUUUUAUAUUUUUUUCUACUAAAUGAACGAAGCUCUGGUUUGCUGUUUCAUCUUAAUCCCUUUGCAACCUCCUUUUUUGUUUUUGCUUGUUUUCCUGUAUUAUGUGUAAAUCAUGUUAAGGAAUCUAUGUGGAUUAAUACAUGUGCGUUAGUAUCUGUGUGCUUAGUAGGUUUGAGUUGUGGUUCCAGGAUGAGGCAGAGCAUGCACAGUUGGACCAAUUAUUUCUUUUUGUUUGUUUUUAUUUUAAUGUUAGUUCUUAGAAUGGCUCCUACAUCUCUGUGGUAUUUAUGUAGUUAAAUAUUUUCUUAUGGUGAAACAGCAAGAGGAGUAGAAGAGUUUACAUUGGUCUCAGUGCUUUAAGAUUUAAUAAAAAAGAAUGACUUGCAGUUUGAGUUCAUGAAAUCUGACUCGUAACUUGGGAUUAUGCCUGUAUCGAAUCAAAUCCCCAAACAAGAAUCCAUCCUUUUUUGUUCAACUUUAAACUGUUUAAUAUUGUUUGAAUUGCGUCUUCUUAAUUCUGUCACUUUUCAAGAUAAGUCUCUUGGAAACUUCCUCACCCAGCAGCUCAGCACAAGAACACUGGCAAAGAAUAAACUUCAUUAAUUUCAAGAUUUGCAGUGCUUUGGGCACUUUAUCAAGCUGAUAAUUUUCUGUGGAUUUUCCUUUCUUUUUACUUUCUCUCAAAGACCUCUUUAAGUUUGUAGAAGGUGGGCUGGUACCUUUUUAGACAUUUUUGCACUGUAUUAAUAACUGAACCUGUGUAAAUGUGUAUAAAAUAAUUUUGCAUGUAUAUGUAUAUAUGUACAUAUAUCUAAUAAAUGGCUUUUUUGUAA